AUGGGUAGUGAUCUUAUAUUGACAUAUCCAAUGUUUCCGCAUAAUGAUCAAACGGAGUCGCCGUUAUUAACUGAAGGUAAUCGUGACUUUAUUCAGUGGGGUACAGAAAAAACGAAUUAUGAAAGCUUUCAACUGAUGACCCCGGGGAUGAAAAAACUUUGCAAGCAACCUGAAUCCGCUUCCGAGUCCAAUACAACAUCAACGUUAUACGCCACUAUUUUCACUUUGGAAAGCUUUUAUGAAUGGUUCAAUCACUACAGGAAAGAAUAUACAAAGCGCACAUCUGAGGGAAAAGUUGCUGAUGAUAUUAGAAAACAGAUUCCAAAUACGAUUAGUGAAAGCUUACUUCGAAAGACAAAAGAAAGGUACUGA